AUGGCGCUCAGGAUCCCCGUAGCGGCGCUCUGCUGCGACUCCCUCAGCCCGCAGCACGGCAGCGGGCCCCGCCGGCUGCGCAUCGGCAGCAGCGGCAAGGAACGUUCCCCGCGGAACGACUCGCUGGGAACCUUCGACGAUUCGGACUCCAGCGAGGACGCCAGGCAGAAGAGCGAGGAUUACGGCCGCGAGAUCCGCGACCCAGCCCAGGCGAAUCAGAGAGCGAAGCUGUUCUACUGCACGACUCCCGACGGCGACAUCUGCCCUUUUCUUUUGGACGUGGGGCCCUUGGUCGGGGCGGCGGCUCUCGAUCCGACGACACAGCCCCUGCCGGGCACCGAGCCCGGCUGCCAGUUCCGACCCCGGACUAGCAACGCCAGCGGACACUGCGUCGCCAGCGACGCGAGGUUCGAGUACGUCAGUGACGAUAUUGACUGCUAUGCGGUGCUGGGUGGCUUCUCGGUGGCACAGCGGGGUACGGAGGAGACGCAGGACGGCGAGAGGCGGAGGUUGGGCAAGGAAGCGAUCAACGUGGAGACCAUCCGGCCCUUUGGCCAGUCUUGGGCGGGCUUUGCCGUCUACGUCCCAGGUGUCAGCGAGCACGAGCUCAUUGUGCGCGUGCUCGAUGAUGCCGUCUCGUUCGGCCAGCUCAACGCGAGCGAGCUGGCCAUUUUUCAGCGCCUCGCCCACAGGUCCCAGCUUAUCGAGCACACGUAUUGUGAACGUGUCAUGGCGCGGCCCGGGGCCGACAACAUCUUCGAGGAUGACUACUGA